AAAAAAUCAAGAAAGUCACAAGAUAACUUUUCUCAUUUAUGUGCUCUCUUCUGCAUCAGCGACUCGAGAUAGGUGGAAGUGGUGAUGCUGUGCCUGAGCCGCCUCCUGCACAUAUAUAGUCUACACAUCAGGAAUAAUUAUCUCUUAUCUCCAAUCUGAAAAUAGAGGAGACCAUUAGACUGAUGUCAUGAAUGAGUGAUUAUUCGCCUCUAAGAGUUCAUGCAUGUUCAAACCUCCCAUAAGCCUUGUUUUUGCUUGGAGUCUCUCGAAUAUGAAAGCCUUUUUUACUGUGCUCAUGUCUCUCAUGUGUGUAAACAUUAACUGUUGUCUUCAUAUAACAUCAUCUUACAAAUGUGAGUAAAGAUCACAGCGUUGCAAAGAGAAUACACACUCACAAACUCAAUUCCAUUCUAACUAAUAUCAGCCAGUGUUUUAAAGUCAAUGGAGCUACUGGAUACCUUCUGUAUUGGAGUUAGUUUAAUGAUUGUCCAGGAUAGUCAAACUUUUGUCCACUAAGAUAAUGUAGAAUUGGUUUUCCCCACAACCACACAUUCUUGUUUUGAAUGGUCUGUUGUUGUCCUGCUCAAAUACCAACACAGGAAAGUGUUGUGGUAGAUUUUUGUGCAAUGAAGAUGGACAGACAUGUACAGUAAAGUAGAUUUUACACCAACAAACAAUAACAAUUGAGAUUCUCCUCAUUAUGUCCGUGAAAAAUCAAUCACCAAUCAAAUCUCUGCCCUUGACAAACAUUACACGCCAACCCAAAGGUCCUCCUGAUAAACACGGUUUCCUGUCAUAUUUCCCUGUCAUGUGCAAAGAAAGUCUCCAUCAUUGGAGACUUUAACAUGAGUAGGAGUGAUAUUGAUGUGAUGAUCCAGUUGUAUAAACCUGUCCUGCCUUCUGAGAUAAGCGGCAGGUCGAGAGCACACUGAAGCUGUUCAUUGACCACUCCAGGAAACGUCUGACUUUCAAGCUGCUGUAUCAGAACAUUGACAACAGCUUUUUACAAUGCUGGCUGAAACUCAGGUGUCCUUGAUGGAUUAUUAACAAACGGAUAUGAACUUUAUUGUCUUUCGAGCACUUCAGACGGACUCGGCUUCUGUUGUAAGGGUGAACAGUGUUGGCCACUGUAAACCACAUGGAGAUUUAGUUUAGCUGUUGUUUCACUGGACUAUUCUACAAGACUGCUGCCUCAAGUAAAACGACACACAGCACCUUCUCGUCUGAACCAACCAUGGUUGGCACAGGUGGUCCAGUGGCCACCUUCUCCGUGUGGGACUAUGUGGUGUUUGCCGGGACAAUUCUGGGAGCAGCAGGCAUCGGCCUCUUUCAAGCCAUCCGAGGCCGCAAGGAGACCAGCUCCGAAGAGUUCCUUCUGGGCGGGCGGCAGAUGACGGCGGUACCGGUGGCCAUGUCUUUAACGGCCAGCUUCAUGUCUGGCAUCACAGUCAUCGGCACACCUGCCGAGGCGUACAUGUUUGGGGCAUCCUUCUGGCUGUUUGGCUUCUCCUACGCCAUAAUGUCCACCCUCACUGCCGAGAUCUUUGUGCCCCUUUUCUACAGACUGGAGAUCACCAGUGCCUAUGAGUACCUGGAGUUGCGUUUCAGCCGGCCCAUUCGAGUAUUAGGGACUUCAAUGUACAUUGUGCAGACGGCCCUGUACACUGGUCUGGUCAUUUACGCUCCUGCCCUGGCACUGAAUCAGAUCACUGGCCUGGACCUGUGGGGAGUGCUGGUGGCCACAGGGGCAGUGUGCAUCCUCUACUGCACCUUGGGCGGCCUGAAAGCAGUCAUUUGGACAGACGUGCUGCAGAUGGUGAUUAUGUUGGCAGGUUUUGUGGCUGUGAUAGCGAGAGGGGCAGUGCUGCAGGGGGGCGUGGCCAACAUCUGGGAAGAUGCCAGGCGAGGAGGCAGGCUGGAGGCCUUUGACUUUGACCCUGAUCCACUGAAGCGGCAUACUUUUUGGACCAUCACAAUCGGUGGCAGCGUGAUGUGGGCAUCCAUCUACGCCAUCAACCAGUCCCAGGUGCAGCGCUACAUUUCCUGCAAGACAUUGGGCCAUGCAAAGAUGUCUUUGUAUGUAAACAUGGUGGGUUUGUGGGUGACUGUGAGCCUCGCUGUGUUUGCCGGUCUCACCAUGUUCUCCAUUUACAAGAAGUGUGACCCGUUCACCAAUGGUGACAUUGACACCACUGACCAGUUGCUGCCUUACCUUGUCAUGGACAUCUUGGCAGACUACCCAGGAAUCCCUGGCUUGUUUGUGGCUGCUGCAUACAGCGGAACCCUGAGCACAGUGUCUUCCAGCAUCAAUGCCCUUGUUGCUGUCACUGUGGAAGACUUCAUCCGUCCCAUAUGCAAGAACCUGACACAGAAGCAGAUGACUUGGUUGAACAUGGGCCUGAGUGUAUUCUUUGGCGCCAUUUGCAUCGGGAUGGCUGGCGUGGCUUCAAUGUUGGGAAGUAUCCUGCAGGCAGCUCUCUCUAUAUUUGGCAUGGUCAGCGGACCUCUUCUUGGUCUUUAUCUGUUAGGGAUGCUGUUCCGCACAUCCAACUCCAUGGGAGGCCUGGCAGGAAUGGUACUGGGCCUGGUGUUGACCCUGUGGGUGGGGAUCGGCGGUCAGAUUUACCCGGCAACCAGUGCCAAGACAAACCCUCUGCCAGUCAGCACUGUGGGAUGCAACAGCACACACCUGUACAACACCACCACAACAGCUCCCUGGACCAGUCCACUGACCAUGUCACCUGAUGUUAGGCCUCCAUUAGCAGACUCCUGGUACUCUCUGUCCUACCUCUACAUCUCUUUGUUGGGCACGCUGACCACAGUUGUGAGUGGCCUCUUGGUGAGCAUGAUCACAGGUGGCUGCAAGCAAGAAAAGCUGAACCCUGAUCUCUUUGUGAGGAAAAGUGACUUACUGUGUUUUGGCUGCAACAGAAAAUCCCAGGCAUCAGGGGAAAAAGUCAAGCAUUUCCCACACUUUCAAACGCGAGCCGACAAGUCAGGACUUGCACACCCUGAGCUGACGAGAGAGGACGUUGAGAAAGUGACCAAACUUUAGGGUCAGAUCAUCACAUUGCACCUCUGAGAUGUAUUCAUCACAGCAGGGUGGCCCCUGCUGCUGGAUCUGUCUUUAAACACAUGUUCCAAGCCUUUGAUGGGUUUGUAUUCAAAUGAAAUGUAAUAUUACUGUGGACUUCAGCAGAGUCAAAUUCCUGUGAAGAAUCUACUCACUCACCACUAGAUGUCACCAGACGGUAUGUCAAUGGACUAAAGAGCAGUGGUCGCCAACUACCAGGACAAGAGAAACAUGAAAUCAUUUAUAAAGGACUGCAUUGACUUUGGCCUGUGCCACUAGACACACCAUAAGCUUGUUUAUAGAUGUACAAUAAACUUUUUAUGGGGAGUUGUUAUAACUUUGACAUGGCACAAUGCAUAUUAGCCAACAUACCAAAUAUAAAUGUGACAGAUUGUUGCCAAAGGCUGAUUUCCAUCUGCAUCUCAUUGCAAAGAAACAAGCUCCCACUAAUUCAGUGUUAUAGUGAGUUGUAUCUCUCAUGCACUUAUGUCUGCUGUUUUUAUGUGGCACAAGUGGAAAACCGGUCCCUGAAGAGAAUGCCGACAUUAAACCGGUCCGUGGUGCACCACUGUAUGGACAACACUGGCACCAUGUUUUGUUCGAUUACAACUGCAUUUUAAAGUCAUAUUUCCUUU